GAGAGAAAAGUUGGUACUGACUUUUCUUUUCCUCCUAUAGCCAUCCAUCCGUCUAUCUGUCCAUCUGUCUAUCUGUCCAGCCCUCCAGUCGUCCGUCAAACUGGAGUCGCCUUGCUGAGGUACCUCUGGAUCAGAACUCUGUCUGUGGUUCUGGAUCAGAACUUCUUGUGAGUGUGAAAUUGUGUUUCUGUAGAGAAGAUGGGCUUCGCUGACCUGCUGGAAGAGGUGGGUGGGUUCGGCAGGUACCAGUGGCUCCAUGUGACUCUGAUCAGUUUACCUGGUUUGUUGAUGGCGAGUCAGAAUCUGCUGAACAACUUUGUCUCAGGAAUUCCCGCCCACCACUGCAGCCUGCCGACCAAUCGCAGCCUCCACAACCUGUCUCAUUACCAGGUGGAGGAGAAACAGUUUAUCAAAGCUUUUAUCCCUAUGGACUCUUCAGGAACUAGAUUGGACCGCUGCAAGAGGUAUGUGGAGCCGCAGUGGCAGCUGUUACUCCCCAACAACACCGCUAACGUUAGCGAGCUACAGACUGAAGGAUGUUUGGACGGAUGGACGUUCGAUAACUCAGAGUUCCUCGCCACCACCGUCUCCGAGUGGGAGCUGGUGUGUUCUCUGCGUCCUCUGAAACAGAUGAUUCAGACCAUUUAUAUGGGCGGAGUAUUAGCAGGAGCCAUUAUUUUCGGAGGACUUUCAGACAGGUUUGGGAGGCGGUCUGUCCUUAUAUGGUCAUACCUUCAGCUGGGUAUUCUCGGUUGUAGCUCCGCCCUCUCUCCUUCAUACUCCGCCUAUUGUGUUUUUAGGUUUUUGAGUGGGAUGGCGGUGUCCGGCAUCAUCCUGAAUGGAGUCUCACUGAAGGUGGAGUGGAUCCCGACCAAAGAGAGGACGUUAGUGGGCACGCUAAGCUCCUUCUUUUUCACCUUUGGUCAGAUGAUCCUGGCCGGGCUUGCCUAUUGGCUGAGAGACUGGAGGAAGUUACAGCUGGUCGUCUGUGCCCCCAUGUUCCUGUUCUUCAGCUACAGCUGGUGGUACGUAGAGUCGGCUCGUUGGUUGGUUCUGAACCGUCAGUCUGAGGAAGCAUUAAAGAGUCUUCAUCGAGUCGCUCGAAUCAACGGAAAACCAGAGGUUGUGGACAAAUUAACCCUGGAGGUUCUUCACUCUCACAUGAAUAAGGAGAUUGAGUCGAGUCGGUCAACGUACACAGCGUACGAUCUUCUAAAGACCAGAGCGAUGAGACGGAUCUCCAUCUGUCUGGUGGUUGUCUGGUCAGAAGAUUCACCUGCUUUAUAUAUAACAAUAAUAAUAAUAUCAACUUCUUUUUGAUACAAGCUUUAGGAGAUGUUUUCAGAGAGAAUCACUAAUUGGCAAUCUCCAGCAAUUUUGGAGGGAAAUACAUUAAUUGGGUCUGAAGAAGAGCAAGUUGAUUCCAAUGGAGAAGAUAAUGGAAAAUGAUGAGUCUUCAUUUGAGACUGAUGACAUAUUUAAGUGGGAUUAUAGUAAUCUGUAUGCAUUAAUAGUCCUCUUCUAUUUAAUGUUCAACUCUACAAUGAAAUCUGUAGAUUAAUAUGUGGUCUUGAAGAUGGGAUGAGUAAUGCUAACUAACUAACUAACUAUCUGCUGACUAGUCAGAUCCCACUAGAGGAAGAGCAGAAGGUAGGACAUGAAGGUAAAUUACAGGAUUUCAGAAUGAUAUGUUAUAAAUACAUAAAACCUACAUCUGUAGAAGCCAAAGCUAUCAGGUACCUGAUCAGUACAGUUUGAAAUCAUUAUUCAGGUUCCCUCAAUAACAGACUAAUUAACCCACUUCAGCUGUUAUUUGAACCCGAACCUCCAUCUUUUCCUAAACCUCCGGUCCCUUUUAGUGGGAUGGAGGUGUGGUAUUUAUGUAAAUGAUGGAGACGUAUUGAUUCACGAUAUGAACGUUGGUAUGCUAUUUUAUGCUGAUGACAUUGUGUUGGUUAGAGAGGAAAAGAUUAAUCUACACAAAAUGCUGCAUAUUAUGUGUUUAUGGUGCAGUAAAAGGAGACGGUGAAAACAGAUUAUACAUUUUAGAAAGCAGAUCAAUAUUUCAGUUUGGAACAAAGGC